GAGAAUUUCACGAAUAAGGCUGCGCUCCAAGACGAGGUACACAACCAGCCAAACCAAACCUCAACACCCGCCGCCGAACCUCUCGUCCACCAAGAGAGGCCAGUUUCAAACUGAGCGACGGCUUUCAGAAAAUCGAAUCGCAGCAAAUAUAUCUACCCAGCAUGGCUGAGCAAGAUGGAUUCAUCCACCUCGCCCGACCCCUUCCUGCGGCGGGCGCACAACCGACAAUUGCUCCCCUUCGGGUUGUGAUCCAGCCACAAGCCCUUUUCUCCAUCCUCGACCACUGCACCCGUCGUCCUCUUGACCAACAACGAGUGAUCGGAACCCUGCUGGGAACACGCUCAGAUGCCGACGAGUCCCAAGUAGUCGUCCAUUCAUCGUUCGCAGUCAGCCAUACUGAAACCACCGACCAGGUUGAGGUGGACAUGGAGUACCAAAAGACAAUGCUGGCGUUACAUCUACGGGCCAACCCUAAGGAGGUUUUGGUGGGCUGGUACGCAACCAGCUCGGAAUUGAACACAUUCUCAGCCUUGAUCCAGAACCACUACAGCAGCCAAGGCGAAGGCACGUACCCAUAUCCGGCGAUGCAUGUCACUGUUGCGUGUGAGCCAGGGAAAGAUGUCGAGGUCAGGACGUACAUCUCGUCGUCUGUCGGUGUCAGCCCUGAACGGGCCGCGGAUUCUGCUGCCUUCGUGCCCGUCCCCUACACCAUCAACUACAGCGAGGCCGAUCGCGCCGGUCUGGAAGCCCUCGAGAAUGCCGGAGUGGAUGAGAGCCGAACCGCAACGGUGCUUACGGAAAUCGAGAACCUGGAACGGUCGUUGGAAGACACUCUGGGCAUGUUGGAUCGCGUCUCCAAGUAUGUUGAGAAUGUCAUUGAGGAGGAAACGGAGCCGUCGACCGCCCUGGGACAGUUCCUACUCAACACACUUGCACUGGCGCCCAAGGUUGACCCGGCAGACAUUGAGAAGGACUUCAACAACCACAUCCAAGACGUGCUAACCGUCUCCUACCUCGCCAACAUGAUCCGCACACAAAUGGAUCUCUCGAACAGAUUAGCAACAGCACAGUUGACUAUGGGCGGUGAAGGCUCGGGAGCCGCUUCCAACGAGAAGGACGGACGCAGACAGAACAGACAAGGUGGACAGAAUAGACAAAACCGUGGAGAGAGCGUUUCGUUAUAAGAUGCUUGAUGAUUGAGGGAAAAUACGAUUUUCUAUUUAUGCUCAGUCGCCAUGUCUAGAGCAGCAGCGCGAAGUCAGCUUCUGCCUCGCGGGGAGUGACCGUUGGCGGCUUCAGGCAAAAAGGCAAAAAGUCCGGCGUGUUUAGAACCGCCAAUGAGGUAUGCUGGAGUAUGCAUGGCCUUCGCGCUCAAGCAGCGCGUACGCAGCUGAGAAAUGGGAGUUGAUUGGGGGACCGAUGUCUUUUGAUGGAAUAGAGCACAGUUUCAUCUGCACCGCCAGGAGUUAGCAUGGCUUGCGCCACGGCAUAGGUAAAUAACCCGAAAACGAUGAUGCCGGAAGACAUAGGCACGUAUCCGCCAUCCCACAACAUUCUUUGCAGUCCAAGACGCGUCAAUGUUUCUAAUUUCGUAGGAAGCUUCAAGAGUGACAGAUUGCCUCACGCUCCUUCGCGGCGUAUGUCCGGAAGCGCGUUGUUGGAAGUCGAGGCAGACACAGGCUUCCGCAAUCACUUGCACGGGCCGACAUGGGUUGCGGUUUGCCCAUCCCCUCGCUGUGAGGAUGAGAUGACGAG